AUGCUGGUCACCCUGUGGCUGCUCAGCUCUUUUGUCCCCACUCUCUGGGCGCAGAUUGUAGUCACUUGUCCCUAUAAGGGUUUCUGUCAGCGGGCCCUACUCUCGGGCAACGAUGUUGUCUUGCAUUGUGACGAUGCUAAGGCCCUGUGGUACUUCUUUUCUCACCUGGAAGAAGAGCCCAUUCUGUUCUCCGCAAUCUCGAACCUCAAGAAAUUGCCCGGGGGCAGCCUCCAGUUAAACAACCCUCAGCCCACCCAGACAGGCCUCUACCACUGCCAAGACAACCGCAGUGCCCUCGUGGUGGAAUAUGAGAUCGAUUUCCAGGACGUGAGCAUCCUGUACGUCACACACCAAGGCCUGGGCCAGAAGCCCCUGGAGAACGAGACCCUGAACCUGGAUGGCAACGUCCUCAUCUUCACCCACUGGGAAGCCUGGCAGGACUGUAACCGCUGUGGAGAGCCAGGGGAGCGCAAGCGUCUGGGGUACUGCUACAUCGAGGAGCCGCAGGAAAAACCCAUGCCCUGCGGACUCUACGUGAGGGGAGAGAAGGUGCAGUACAGCCGCAUGCGUCCCGAGCUGCAGGUGGAUUCCUGCACUGUUCUCUGCGACCACGCCAAGGAAGCCUACCAGCCGUUCUUCAACUUUGACAUCUACCAGCCGGACAAGUUGGCCAGCAACAUGUGGCUCACCUGCCCCUUGGCUUCCAUUUACAGGUGA